UUCCUCUUCUUCUGGAGUCUACACGUCUAUCCACCGAAUUGUUCAAUCCAAAGCCAAACCAGCACGCAAGCAACCAGCGAACCCUAGCUACAGAGAGAUUCGCAUCAAGGAAGAAGACGAGAGAGGCUCAUUUGAAUUAGAGAUAGAGAUGAAGCCCAGGCCCUUCAAGGAGGAGUUCACCUUGGAGGAGAGGGCCAAGGAGUCGGCCGCCAUGAUCGCCUCCUACCCCGACAGGAUCCCUGUACUAUUUCUUCUCCUAUGCUUUGAUGCUUCAUCACUGCUAUCAAUUUUCACUGCAAAUUCCUCCUGCUUGCUGCUACCCCAACAUACAGAAAAACACACACACAACACCCGAUUAUUCCCUUCACCCGUGCCAGCCGACUGCUAUGGCGGCAUGUGAUUCUUUUGUUGUAUGUUUUCUUCUUCACAUGCACUUCUAUAAACAUAUCAUUGGAGUAUGAGACUCAUCAUUGUGUCACAAUAGUGCAUCAUAUAAUCAUGUGAUUGUUCUAGAUGUUAUUCAAAUUCGUUCAAGUUUCUCCUGAGCGGCACAAGAAACUCAGGAUAGGAGCUUUACCCGUACCGUACUGAUGAUGAUUGCUCAAAAAUCAGACAUUGUAUAUGGUUCUCCUUUGUGUCAGCCAGUAGUUCUUGCCAACACAAGUGCACAUUUGCGUGUGGCAGUUUCAUGGCAGAGCGUAUAUGCGAUCCAUGGUUUUGGGUAAUAUUAUCUAGCUUGUAAUAAGAGGAUGGAGGUGCUGUUUCAUUACAUAUUCUAUUUUUAUUCAUCUACCAACAAGGCUGUGAUCACACACUUUCUAUUUUGAUACCAUUGUACAAAAUGAAAAAGGGUAGGUAGGUGGCUUCUAUUAUUUGCGAGUUGUUGACCUUGGCCAUUAUAUUUCUUAGCUGUUUUAUGUUACAGUGAAUCAGGAUUCAGGGUCAAAAUCAUAUAUAUGGAACACCAUUCUUGCGGUAUUCCUAGAUAUAAAUAGUUUAAGUUUCACUGCCAGCCUUUUUUUUCAGCAAAGUUAGCUUCAGUCAACUCUGUUGUGAAUUGGUUUGUUAAGUACUAGAUGGACCUUAUGAAUCAUUGAAUUCCAUGGAAAUACACUGAAACUGAUGAGAUGUGAGACUAAAUCACCGACUACUUUUCGUUCUGCCCUUAAUUGAAGGCCAUAUUCCUUAUUUGGGUUAAUUACAUCUGUACCAUUAAAAAUUUGUCGGUUUUAAAAUAUACCAUUACUAUUUACGUAUUUGUAACGAUGCCAUUGUUGCUUGUUUGUAAUCUCAGUGAUGCCACUAAGAUACGUAUUUUUGCAUGUAUUAGACAAAAAUGCCCUCAUCUUCUACUUCUCUCUUCCCUUGUCCUCUCCUCUUUCUCUGCUCAUGCUCCUCUUAGACCCAAAUCCCGUUGUUGGCGAUGCUUCCCUGCUGCUCUCCGAUUGGGUCGACCCAUCUGCGUUCGCCGCCGGAGCUCGUGACGCUAGACAACACCGUGCAGGUCCACCGGUGCUCUUCACGAAGGCCGUCCUUGCUGCGUCGGGCGUCGAGGUGGUCAUCGGUGAUGAGGUGGAGGAGGCAGUUGCUGGACUGGAGGAGGCGAUGAUGGCGCAUCGGGCAGCUGCGAGCGUGGUGAGGGAGGUGCAGGAGCUCGCCGGAGAGGAGAAGUGGCCACUCUUCGCCGCUCUUUCCUUGGUCCUUUGCUGCUUUGGCAUUGUCGUCGCCACCGCCCAGGGCUCCUCGCUGCGAGGAGAGGCGGACGGAUCUAGGACACCAUCGUCACCAUCUCCAUCAAGCGUCGGCCUCCAUCUUCCCCAUUUCCACCUUGCCAGCAGCAGAGAGGGACUAGGGGAGGGAGGAGCUGCAUUGUCGGGGUAGUUGGAGGAAGAUGCCGUUGGCGGUGGGGACCGUGGGCCCCAUGGCAACGUUGUCGUCAGUGUGGAGCUCCGCGCAGGAGGACACCAGCGGUGGCACGAGGUGGAGGGAGACAUGGACAUCCCGGCUGAAGGAGCACCGGAGAGGGAGGAGAUGGUGGCUGCGGUGGCCAUGUCCAUUGUUGGUCACGCUUGCCGCUGCCAUUGCCGAACUAUCGCCUGUCUCUCACGCCAUGGAAGAGAGGAGGAAGGAGAAAGGGAAAGAAGGGGAAAAGGGCAGGUCAUUGUUGAGAAAUUUUCGAGGAGUAAUCUUCCAGAAAUGGAGAAGCGCAAGUACCUGGUUCCAUGUAACAUGCCAGUUGGGCAGUUUAUUUUCAUACUUCGUUCCAGGCUACAUUUGUCUCCAGGGACAGCGUUGUUUGUGUUUGUCAACAACACUUUGCCCCAGACUGCUCAGCUGAUGGGCAGUGUGUAUGAGUCAUACAAAGAUGAGGGCGAUGGCUUCCUCUACUUGUGCUACAGCAGCGAGAAGACAUUCGGUUGACCAACUCCUCCGUGGAGAUCUGCUUUUACCUCGGGCGUCAAUAAUAUAUGCAUGUAUAUAUAUUACUAUGAUUAGAAAUUACAAUUAUGUGUUUUAUAUACUGUAUAUUGAUUGAUGUGAAUGAAGUGUUACAAGGAGGAGAAAAGUUUCAUACCGAACUUAAUUAUCCCACCUAAAUUUGUGAGGCAAAUUAAGGAGAAUAUAGAUCACUCAUUUUCAAAGCA